CAGAUCAUCAGCAAAACAGAGUACAACACUGUACGACGCACAAAUCAAAGUUAGCAUCCAUGGCUCUGAGUAGAAGAAUUCACGUUGAAUCCAGAAACCGAAGAGGGUUUUCUCGAUCCACAUGGCCAAGGAAGCAGAAAGAAUUGAGAAUAAUCAUGAAGCCACUGAGAGUGGAGAUGGCGGGGAUCAGUAUAGAUCAGAAACGAAUUAGAAAAGACCAAACAGAAAUACGAGGGAAGUUGGAACAAAUUAAAGAGGAAUGCGCCAGGUUGAGAGAGGAAACGGAGGCGAUUGCGAAGCAGAAAGCUAGGAGUCAGCUUCUGCUCGCUCUUGUAUUCAAAAUCCUCAAGGGUCGUGAAGCAGGGGACUUCGCCACUGCUGCACUGCAGGAGGUGAUUCAGAAGCAAGGAACAAAUAAAGGAAUAGCAGUGAUUGAUAAAUAAAGUCUGAUAUUUGUGCUAAACAAAGAUAUAAUAUAUAGUAAUUAUAAUAAGGUUUGGGAUUUGCUAUUUUUUUUUUUUUUUUUAAGGGACAAACCAAUUGGGAGGGGCGUGAGAGAGAAUGAGGUUUUGUCAAUUAAUGGUCAGUUAAUCUGUAAGGUUUCCUCAAGAUUACAGUACUUAAGUGUGAUUGUAUGUUUUUUUUUGGUUAGGCCUUCUGGUUGUAUGGUGUCAUUGUUCAAAUUCAAAAUUAUAUUAGUGUUGUGAUAUUGUUUUAAUUAAAGUGUUGUAAAUUUG